CAAAAAUUCAUAAAUAAUAGGUUAUGUUCUUGUUAUUCUACUUGGUUCUGUUGGAAACGUGAUGUUAAAUUAUAAUACAAAAAUAACAUAAGUUUACUGUUAUAAUACCUUAAUGGAUCCGUCUGAUACAAGACCGCAGUUUGGAAACAGAUUUCUAGAAAAUGUGGACGAGGUCUUCAAGCAUAAUGCUUGGGACAACGUAGAAUGGGACGAAGAACAAGAAAAGGCUGCUCAAGAAAAGGUAGAAAAAAAUUCAAUAGUAACGUUUACGGAGGACCGUUUAAAGGAUUUAGAAAAAAAUGCAGAUAAACACUGGGAUGCAUUUUAUGAUAUUCAUCAAAAUAGAUUUUUCAAAGAUCGACACUGGCUUUUCACAGAAUUCCCAGAAUUAGCACCAGACAAUACAUCAGCUCCUGAAAGAGUUUACCCGGAUAACACAUGUGCAGUUAAGCCGGACACAUCAAACAAAAGCAAGCGUUUCAUAUUUGAAAUUGGAUGUGGAGUUGGUAACACUAUCUUUCCCAUCCUACAAUACAGCUUAGACCCUAAUUUAUUUGUAUAUGGAUGUGAUUUCUCAUCAAAAGCUAUAGAAAUUAUGCAACAAAAUGAACUUUAUGAUACAAAGAGGUGUAAUGUAUUUGUAUUGGAUGCAACUGUUCCCAACUGGGAGGUGCCAUUCGAGGAAAAUUCUAUAGAUAUAAUAGUAUUAAUAUUUGUGUUAUCUGCAAUUGAUCCUGUCAAAAUGCCAGGACUUAUUGGAAAUAUAUACAAAUAUUUAAAACCUGGUGGUUUAGUUGUAUUCCGGGAUUACGGAAAAUAUGACUUAGCACAACUUAGAUUUAAAAAAGGCCGUUGUAUUUCUGAUAAUUUUUAUGCUCGUGGAGACAAUACGAAAGUGUACUUCUUUACUCAAGAAGAAAUAAGGAGUUUGUUCAAGUCUUCAGGUUUUGUUGAAGAACAAAACUUAAUUGAUAGAAGACUACAAGUAAAUAGAGGUAAAAUGUUGACAAUGUAUAGAGUAUGGAUACAGGGAAAAUACAGAAAACCUAUGUAAAGUAUAUAACAGAUGUAUAAAAGUACAUUUAAUAUAAAUAAUAUAGCUUAGUUAAUAU